AUGUCUGAAGACGCUCAGAUGCACUUGGAGCGGCUACACCAUCAGUUAUGGACAGGAAAUUCUUCUGCCUUGAUUGUGUCACAUGUUCAAAAUGUCUAUUCUAAUUUGCUUUCUGAUCUAUUAGUUUCCCUGCUGACGCUGCAGUGCCAAGCCUUUAUCAUCAGAGAAAUCAUAGUGAAUGAACCGCUGACCCUCCCGUGUACCUGCCCUGGAAACUGUUCAGUGGUUCAGUGGACCCGCUUCAUUCCCAGCAAAGCCCUCAUUGCUGAAAUCCGGACGUGUCACAGUGAACAGCUAAGUCAGGAAAGAUUUGCAGUAUCAGGAGAUACCAGCAGAGGAAAUUUCUCCCUGACGAUCAGUUCAGUAGCCUACAAUGAUGCUGGCUCCUACAGGUGCAGCUGUAAUGGAACAUCCGUUACUGAAGUAAAACUGAAAGUUUUUGUUCCGACAGUCGUAAAGGCUUUCGAGGGGGAGAACGUCACCCUGCCGUGCUACGGAGACACUCAGAAAGACGUUAAAGAUGUAAAAUGGAAGAAAGCUGGACAAAAGGUUCUGCUGUACACUCAUGCAAACAGAUCAGUGACUACUGAUGAAGCAUCAGAAAGCAGAUUUCUGAUGUCAGUAGAAGGCUUUCUAGAUGGUGAUCUCUCUCUUCACAUCAGUUCAGUUCACCUGUCUGAUGCAGGAUUAUAUCGGUGUCUCAUCCGUGAUGAAUCUCAGGACGGAGAACCACGAGCUGUUUUACUGAAGGUAGAAGGUAAGUAUAUCCCUUAUUCUAAUGGUACUUAAAAACCUUGAAAACUGUUAAUCAUUACUAUGAGCUGAUUGAACAUUCCAGUGUAGUUUGAGUUUUUAAUUGAAAAUGCAGUCCCACUUUGUGCUGUUUGUACUGAUGUACUGUGUCUUCAGUCUCCAUGCAUGUCAGGUAGCAUGUGAAAAUCCAAACUGACACAUAAAUGCCUCUUACUGUUGACACUUCCACGGUUUCUCAGUCUACAGCUUUGAAAAUUUCCUAAUAAAUAAUCAAGUUAUUAUUAUUUUUUAAACAGGGCUACAACAAUUAACAACCACCAAGAGCAAUGAAGUUACAGUACUGCGUGUGCUGCUGGGAUUGAUCAUCUUUGUAGACAUCAUCAGACUGAUCGUUUGCAUUGUGAGAAGCAAAUCCAGCACUACAGGACAGCACUCUAGAUCUAGAUCUAGAUCAGGACCAGACGAGCUAGCCUUCACUCCCCAUGCGCAUCAGUGAGCCUUGGACGCUCAUGACCCUGUCGCUGGUUCACCGGUUGUCCUUCCUUGGACCACUUUUGGUAGGUACUAACCACUGCAUACUGAGAACACCCCCACAAGACCUGCUGUUUUGUAGAUGCUCUGACCCAGUCGUCUAGCCAUCACAAUUUGGCCCUUGUCAAAGUCUCUCAGAUCCGUAUGCUUGCCCAUUUUUCCUGCUUCCAACACAUCAACUUCGAGAACUGACUGUUCACUUGCUGCCUGAUAUAUCCCACCCCCUGACAGGUGCCGUUGUAACGAGAUAAUCAAUUUUAUUCACCUCUCGGUGGUUUUAAUGUUAUGGCUGAAUGGUGUGCUCUGUUGUUCUGUGUAUUUAUUGUCCUGCACUCGUCUCGCACUGUUUUGUAUUUGCACUUUAUGUAGUCUUAUGUAUUGUUACGUGUUGCACCACAGUCCUGGAGAAGUGACAUUUCGUUCCAGUGUAUACAAGCUAUAUAAAGAAAUGGUAAUAAAAACCCACUUGACUUGAACUGUUGUGUUUUUUUGUCCCCCUGCAAAAGUUUGAAUACCUCUGCUAUAAAAUAAUGCUUUAUGGAAUAAGAAUAUUCUUUAUUCUUCCAAACAUAAUACUUACGUUGUUACAAACUGAUUUAAAAAAAUAUCAUCA